AUGGUUCCCCCAAGGCGUCGGUUUCACAAGACACCACCAGCUCGGAUCAAAAACAGAUGGCCUGGAGAUUGGGACUGGCAAUAUCUUCCGAUUCGUGAGUUGCCUCUUAAGACUGUGCCGUGUCUACCAUGGGGAAAAGAAAAGAAAUUCAACACUCCUACUAAGACGCUACAUGAAAAUAUUCCUGGAAAUGGACAAGUUCAGCCGACAUUUAUGCUGAUUGCCCACCUGGUACAGGCAAGCAACUAUUUGGAUGAAACAGAUUAUAACGUGCUGACCCUGGUGACUCCGGCUUUGGCGAAAAAUUCUCUGCUUUUGGAGUUUCCCUUCUCUCGUCCUUGGAAGACUACUCGCAAAAGACAAUGGGGUUUUGGAAAAGUACACAAAGAUCGCUACAGCACCCACGCAAAGGUCAACCCUCGAUCCAUGAUUCAUUAUGCUUGGGGCUUUCUGUCGACAGUGGAUAGACACAACGUGAUUAUUGCGUUGCCUCAGUGGCGUCAAUAUGCCUCUCUUCGUCGCUUUGCCUCUGUCACUUCGCUGGCUUGUUUGAAAGAACCACGUGUUCUACCAACAACGGGUAUUCCGACAAGGUUGGAUCCUACACGGGCAAAGCUCAAUUCUGCGGGUCUUCUUCGUUUCGAUUUUCUACAUGGGGAUUUCAUUCGUUGGUUGGGUGGCGAAUACGUCAAUUCUGAUCGAGAUUUCAACGCAGAAUGGGAUGUCAUUGACUCUACUUUGCAUAACAAAGAGGUUCCGGCUGAAUACCCACCACUCAAACUUGAAAUGGCUUAUCGCAUCCAAACUGAGGGUGUUCCUAUCAAAGCCCAAUACACAACUCCUAUGUCUGCUACUGUCCUUAGAGAAGAAUAUGAUAACCAUCCAGCAGUUGCUGCCAAUUCUUCCAAAGUUGAGGAGAAGUUUGCAAAAGAAGAAUGGAAGGCUUAUCAUAUUCACUAUUUACGGUUUGUGUUCCAAUUCAUCCCAGGUCUGGUUAUUAAUCCUAUCCAGUGGGUUUUUGACAAAGGUAAAGGUCGGAUUUGCAUUGACUGUUCCAAUGGUCCUGACGACUUAGGAUCAAUCAACACCUAUAUCCCCAAACCAAAGCAAGAUAAGUCCGGUGAGCAGUGCCCUCCAAUCCACUACCAGUUUGCGUUCAAGAGGUUUCUACGUCAAGUUCUCCGUAUGCGCAUCACCAAACCGACAAGUCCUAUUUUGGUUCAUGCUGACGAUAUUGAAGCCGCCUUUCGACGUGUGCUUUAUCAUCCAGAUGUAGCUGUGGCAUUUGCAUAUGUAUACUCAGACUACUUGAUUGUCCCAGUGGGCCAGGUGUUUGGUUCAAGGAAUGCUCCAUCAUUCUACUGUGUUCUUGCCGACCUACGGGAGGUCUUGGCAACUUGUCGUGUUGAUGUUCCUUUGGACAAAUUACAUGCGCUGGUCCGUAAAUGUACCAUUGCCGUUGAUACUUCUACUCCUUUGUGCACGGUCCCUGCUGAUUCCCAUCACCCACCGUUGUCUGUGACCGAACUUGUUCGAAUGUACAAUGCUAGCUAUGUUGACGACAAUGCAGUUGCCGCCUUUGCUGAACAUAUCAAGCAAGCAAUCAAUCACAGUGUGAUGUCUGCCUUUGAGGUUUUUGGUCAUGGUGAUAAGCGCCGUGGUGACUGCCUCCAGGACAAAAAGUGGGAACCUGAGGUUACAGAAACCUUUUUGUUUCUAGGAUUUCGUAUCAAUACACACAAUAUGACGGUUUCUUGGCCACUCUACAAACGGGAAGACUUGCACUCACAGUUGUUGGACAUCCUGAAACGUCGUCCACGUUGCGUUUCUCCUCGUGAGAUGGCAAAGAUUGUUGGUAUUGUCCGAUCUGCAUCUGAAAUUGCACCAUGGGGCAAUUUCUUGAGCUUUAACUUGCAAAAUGCACUGACACAGGCUGCCAAGAAUGCCUUCUCCGACAAACGAAGCUGGUGGACAUGUUCUCGUAUCUACCUAUCGCGUGUGGCAGUUGCUACAAUCCAUCAACUGUUGGAGACAUUAUUGGCGCCUGAGGACAGCCCACUUUGGUCUCGGCCUAUCGCUUUGUACCUGGAUCGUGACUACACUCAUCGUGCAUAUUCCGACGCAAGCUAUGGUGGCUUGGGUGGCUGGAGUGCUGAUUUCAGUUUCCUCUGGCGCCUGACCCGUGAUACUCUUGUCGAAGCAGGUUUUGAGAUGCGUGAAAUAAAAAUCUCAUCUAAUGACCCAGCGUUACCUGAUGGUUUCUUACACAUCAACCCAUUGGAAUAUCUGGGUGCACUCAUCAACCUUUGGAUCUGCAUCAAAUGUGUGAUACUUCUCGGCCCCAUCGAUGGGGGCUACAUUUUAGCUUUAUUGAUCGAUAAUACAACGGCUGUGUCUUGGAUGUCGACAGCAUCCAGGACAAAAGAUCCUCUUCUACAGGGACUGGCUCGAAUAGGUUCUGCAUUGCUUGUUGAAGCCUCUCAAUUACUCAUGAAAGUUUGUCCCAAACAUCAUCCUGGAAAUCAGAACGGAGCAGCGGACGCCCUAAGUCGACCACAACUUCAAGGAAAAGAUCACGAGAAUUCAUUGGCCUCCGUUAUCGCGGAAUGGUCCCAACUACAGACAUGUCGCAUCUGCCUUCUGCCUUUCGAACUGCUGUCCAAGAUUGCAUUGACGCUGAAAGAACCGCCGACAGGGGAUCAACAAGAACUUUCCGAGCACGAUUUACAAAAGUUAGAUGAUGCCGGUUGCAUCCUUGUACUUGGCACUUAUCUUCGUGAUGUCAAACGAGGUGACAACUCCAAAGAAAAAGAGGAUUUGAAAGCGGAUACACUUCGUAACUAUUUGUCAACAGCUCACAAAUACUUGCAAUAUCGCUUAGGUCGCCCUAUCCAAGUUAUGGAUCCUGCUUAUGGCGGCAAGCAAAAUCGGUAUCACCCAUUUCUCUUUCAGCAAAUUCAUGAUCGUCGUUGUUGGCAACAGAAAAAUGAACGAUACGAACCAUUUACCAUGGAAAUGUUUGUUGCGUUGCAACAAUGGCUUGCUAACUCACCAGAUCCCACUGCCACAUUCCUUGGUAAGGUACACUGUGUAUAUGAUUGGACCCGCUUAGGUAUUUUCACUGGUUUUCGGGCCAGUGAAUAUUCUCAAGGCGAUUUAGACCGUGGAAAACUGUUCAAUACAAUCCCACACAAAAAUGAUGUUCCCAAAGCGUUCCGGGGAAUGCCACUUGCUAUGAUGGCUAUCGAUUUUCGUUUCUUUGACAAGGAUUAUGUGUUGAUCCCACACCAUCAUCUGGUAACACGAUACAACCGUGGUGAUGUUGUGUGGCUUGAGCUUUGUUGGCGUUAUGAUAAGAGUGCUUUCAACUUUGUGAAGAAGCGCUUCAAGAUCACUGGCCACCAAAUUUACUGUCCUGUCGAUGCUGCUGUUUGUAUCAUUCGUCGCAAGACAAUGCUUGGUGUGCCUGGCACUUGCCCUAUUGGCGUAUGGAGUUCUGGCACCAUGUCUUCUUAUCACUUCUUAAAAUCCAGGGAGGUCUCUGAAGUGAUGCGCCGUUCCGUUGAUUUGGCAUAUCCCAAUCCAAACCACUAUAUGCGGAUUAACCGGCAUCUAAUUGUUCCUCAUUCCAAUCGGGUCACCGCAGCAGUGUGCUUACAAAAAGGUGGAGCCAAUAAUGACGAAAUCGCGUUUCGAUUACGCUGGCUUCCGAGCUCUGUGCCCACCUACCUCCGCGACUGCUUUCAAUCCAUUGGUGACACGCUUGAGCGAACAAUUCAAGGGGCAAUGAAGUUGACAUUUUCUUCUUCUUCUUCUCCUUCUUCUUAG